AUGCCCCCGCUUAAUAACCCAGGAGUCCGUUCAUUCGAUCAUCCACACAGAAACCCCUUUUCACCACUCGCAUGGCGACUGUUCCUGCUGUAUGCAGCAGGGCUAGCACAACCACGACCGCCACCGCCACCGCCACCACCCAUGACCAACAUCGCCAUCGGCAGGACAAUAUUUGCUUCAUCCCUGCUCUCCAAUGAAUAUCCGCCCACAUAUGCUAACGAUGGCAUCAUUCCCCCGAAUGGCGGCAAUAGCAGCACCUUUAUCAGCACCAGGACCCCGGGGGGGCAAUGGCUGACAAUCGAUUUCGUCCGGAACAACAGCACCAACUCCACACCGUCGGUCAAUCUGGCGGUGGCAGAGCUGCAGGUGAUGUACGGCGCUGGGUACGGCAUCGACUCCGCAGCGCUGUCCACCAGCAUCCAGCCUGACGAGGCGGCUUGCUGCCAGGCCUGCUACACCAGCGCCCCCUGCCUGUACUGGGACUACGUCCGCAGCACCGGCACAUGUCGCCUCAAGGGCGACCAGGGGCCCACCCUCCCGCCGGGGCAGUCAAUACCGGGGUUCUACCGGGAUACCGACCGGAUGGCGGGCGCGAAGAGAGGCGUAAGCACCUUCAAUUUAACCACCGUAUGGCAAGAUCCGCGAGCCAUCAGUAUUUUUUCCGAUCCUGAAGCUUUGAACACGGCAAGAAAUCGCACCGGCAAACAAUCCUGGUUCAUCCACUUUCAUAAGACCUUCACGACACCGGUGCCCAUUACGGGAGCCACCUUUCGCCUAGGUGCAAACAGAUACAGCGGUUUAUUAUUCGUCAAUGGGAUAGAGCCUUCGCCCAGCAUUGGUACUGGGGACAAAAUCUACUCCUCCGUCAAUCUUACCGCGGGUUUGAACAUGCUGGUCAUUCGGAUCUUCAACCUGCAAGGAUUUACUUGGGCAUCAGGGUUGCUGUUUGCUCCCAACAAAACUUUACUGCUGGUCCCUCCAACCACCGCCACAAUCACUCCCAUCACCAAGGUUGCCGGUGCAGCCAUUCCCCAGUUCACCCUCGCUGCAGCCGCCAUCAGCUCCCCUACCACCUCUAUCGCCAGGAAGCCGUCAUCGCCACCUGACCUUUCGCGCGGCCAGGGUGCAUCAUUUGCACCAAACACGGACUCCACCAGUGAGGAUCUAUCCACUUCAAUCCACAGCGUAGUUCAACGGGAAUCGGCAGCAGAACCGCCAACAUUAUUAGUAUCAUCUGCUGAGGAGCGCAGCAGCAGCGGCAGCGGCAGCAAGUCCAAAAUGACCUCCGUAAAAGUGGGUAUUUCAGCGGGCGUGACGGCUGCCGCAGUCGUGAUCGCCGCAGUUGUUGGUGUCUACUUGUGGACACGGCAGUGCUACCAAAAGAGGCGACUGCUACAGGGUGGCCUAUCCCUAUCCCUUUCUUCAGCCCGGUUAUUCUACGCAGCGGCGAAAGUCGCGCCCGAGCCUACUCCAUAUGCGAGAAGCCCACCCGUUCCGAGUGUAUGUGAUUGCAGGACGGAAGAGGAAAAAGGGGGUGAUGAUCCGUCUUGA